AUGAACAGAAAACCAACCCUAAGAAAACGGGCCAAAAACGUCUCGUACUAUGAAGGAAAUAAUCAAGUUAUUUUAGAAGAAGACGAAGAAGAAAAUGAAGACGAAGUUGAAGAGGAAGAGGAGGAAGAUGAAGCUGUUGUGGAGUUUGAUGAAGAGGAUGAUGAUGAAGAGAUGGAGGCCUAUGUAGAUUCUACAAAAGAGGAACAGAUCAACAAUACUAGUAGCAAUAGUAGUAAUAGUAGUGAAUCUGAUGAGGAACAAGUUCCGAAAAGAAAACAACCAUCACGGUCAAGAAAUCAACCUAAAAGCCAAUCCAAAAAUCAAUCAAAAGUUUCCAGUACUAGAAGAGGUUCAUCUUCAAAGAAGAUGGAAAUAUCAACCACAACAAGUGAAAGUGACAAUAACUAUGAACCAACUAAAAAAACUAGGCAAACUCCAAAGAAGAAAAUUACAAAAUCCACCACCUCUGCCUCUAGAGGUUCGUCAUCUUCUAAUCGUUCCAAAUCACCUUCUACUCAGACAUCCUCAAGAAAGAGGAGAAAGGAGUCCGAAAGUGAGGAGCUCUCUGAUAAUGACGAAGAAACCUAUGAUAGUGAUAGUUUCAUUGUAGACGAUGAAAAUGAAUCAAGUGAGGAAAAUAAUGAUGAGGAAGAUAGUGAAGGUACUACAAAGAAGAGGAAAACAAAAAAGACUUCAAAAACUUCUAGGAAAUCGAGUAGCAAUACUACUUCUAAUGGCUCCUCGAAUAGAUCUCAAUCAACAAGCCGAUCUAAAACUGUCAACUCCAAGAAGAAGAAAAAGUCACCCAACACUGUUCAGAAUUUAUUUGAAAUAUUUGCGAUUGAGAAGGAUACGAUCGCAGAACAGAAUAGGCAACGAUCCAAGCUCAUUAAUGAAUCCGAAAGUGAAGAAGAGGAAGAAGCCUACUCAACCAGUGAUAAUGAGGCACAAAAACAACAGAAUAAGAAAACCUUUGCCGACUUGGAAUUGGCACCUAUUGUAGAACAUGAUGGACUCAUUAAUCCAUAUAACAAAAAUAGGUGCGAACAAAUUCCUCUUCCUCAACACAAACAUUUGGAUGAUGAACAAUACGAUAAUUACAUGAAUGAGAAUAAUAACGAGUAA